GCCACUGGAGGGUACCGGCAGCCCGGAUCUAAGUCUGGACCCGGAUCUGGACCUUGAUUCUUCGCCUUGACUUUGGUUCUUCGCUUUCCCUCUCUCCCUUUCUCCCCUUUCCCCGCCCUCCCCUCCCCGUUCCUCUCCUGCUCGCUUUCUCUUGUGCGCCAACUGUCGCCCACGAGGCCUGAUAUCGGUCCCUUCUCGGUCAUGCCCGUUUGCCCGUCCUUCUGGCCUCGUGUUCUUCGUCUAUGGCUGCCGCCUGGUGCCAGCUUCACAACAACACGCAUGUCUCUCUUGCUCGUCGUGUCAUGGGGCCAAACGCUUGCUCAAUCGCCCGCCCCCUGACCACUCGGAUUUCCUCCGUUAUGCUUCUCCUGUUCUCACCGGUGGCUUCUGCAAGCGUUCUUUGGCCCGGAGCCCUCUCUCCCCACGCGCCGCCCUCGAGUCCGCUCCUAUGGUCUCUGUUAUUUGUUUUUAGUUUUGCUUUAUUGCCCUCGCUGUUGUGCUCUCCAGCCAGCCCAGCAGCAGGGGACAUGGGAUGAGCCGCCCCCUGCACCGUUGGGCACAAAGAAGGAAAGCUACGUUGGUGCCCUGAGAGCCUGGGCUGGUUGAGUCAACCAAAGCUGUCCAGCCGCGGUCCGUCGCACUGCUGAUCCGCAUCCUGGCCUCCCGGCCUGUAUCACCGUAAGAUGCGAAACAUCACUGCACACUGCCCUCGCCGGUGGAAGUUUGUCAGACUCAUCACAGGGGCCGCCCGCCGCCUCUUGGUCGCUGCUUAUGAGCCUGUCUACCUACCCAUCUACCUGCCUGCCCUACGUACGGCUGCUAUUUCGUCAUGGUCGUGCCGUGCCGUGCCGCUGUCUUCCUCUCGUUCUCUGCUUUCUUUGUGUUGUUUGUCAGCCCUUCUUUACCACACGGGGCCCCGGCCCUGUAGAAAGUGGCCAUCCGCUCCCCGGGGAGGCGGUGAAUACGCAUCGUGCUUUUUCUCUCGUAGCUUUCUUUUCUCUUGCCCUACUGCCUUUCAUCCUGUCCCGUUCUGGCUUGUGGCCCUUUUUUUACCCUUGCCCUGUCUGGGGGUUCUAAAAAUCCCCCCUGUUGCCUAAUCACUCUUGGAGCCGGACGUGUUUGUCAUCAUGGCAUCUGAGGAUCUGCCCACUGCGUCUUCUCCCACAGCCACAUCACCACGUCGCGCCGAACCCGUCAGGUUUCUUAGUCUAGCAUCGCUAAAUCUUGAACGCAUUCACGAGCAGAACCGACAGAGAGUGCAAAGGAGAGACGUCGGCAGCACGCGGCUGCCCGAUGAGCCGAUAGAUGCCUCGUCCAAGGGCAAACCACGGCUUUUGCUGAUGGGACAGCGAAGGAGUGGGAAAUCCUCGAUAUCGAGUGUGGUUUUCCACAAGCUACCACCAAACGAGACCCUGUUCCUCGAGUCGACGGCCCGCAUCCAGAAGGACUCGAUGGCUUCCUUCAUGGACUUCCAAGUGUGGGACUUUCCAGGGCAGAUCGACUACUUUGACAGCCCAAACUUCGACAUGGACGCGAUAUUUGGCGAGAUAGGCGCUCUGAUCUGGGUGAUCGAUGCCCAAGACGACUACCUGGAGGCGGUCGCGAGGUUGAACACGACCAUCCUCAACCUGCAGCGGAACUACCCCAACAUCAACAUCGAGGUCUUCAUCCACAAGGUCGACGGCCUCUCGGACGACUACAGGCUGGACAUCGAGCGGGACAUCACGAUCCGCAUCCAGGACGAGCUGUCGGACCAGGGCUUCGAAAACGCCCCGGUCCGGUUCCACCUAACCUCCAUCUACAAUCACAGCAUCUUCGAGGCCUUCAGCAAGGUCAUACAGGCGCUGAUACCGCGGCUCGGCCAGCUCGAGGCCAUGCUGACGGCGCUAUGCCGCACGUGCCGGUUCGAGAAGGCGUACCUGUUUGACAUACUCAGCAAGAUCUACAUCGCGACCGACAACGCGCCGGCCGACAUGGCGUCGUACGAGAUCUGCUCCGACUACAUCGACGUCGUCGUCGACGUCCUCGAGGUCUACGGCACAUGGAAGCGCCCGGCCGACUACAUCGAGCGCCUAGAGCAGGACCAGCAGCAGAAGCUCGAGGACCAGGUGGCCUGCGGGUGGAACGAGAGCUGCAUCGUGCUGGCCGACGACGACAAGCCCAUCAUGCUCCGCGAGGUCGACAACUGCCUGGCCCUCGUGGCCAUCAUGAAGGAGGGCACCUACGACAAGAUGCCGCUCGUCAACAUGAACGUUGACGUCGUCGUCAAGGGCCUGACAGAGUUUUUUGACAUCACCAAGCCGAGGAAAUGAGGGGUGGGUGGGUGGAUGGUCCGUGGUGGCACGGGGGAGGCGAUCACGGGGUAGAUUAAUGCCAUGACGUAGGACGGGAGGGAGGGAGGGAGCACCCGAGGUGGAUCAAACCGC